AUGCCAGUUGAAUCAGAGAGUACCGUUGGAUCCCCGAUGGGCAGUCUACUGAGCAUGAGCAGUGCCGGUACUCCCGGUACGCCGUCAUCGGGACAUUACCCGAAUAGAUGUACUUCCACCGGCGGCGAAUUCUCGUCGGACUCUUUCGAUUCCGAUCUCGAGAACAACAGUGUGUUUGGACACGCGUUAUCUUGUGUGUCGGACCUCGUUAAUCCUCUUGGCGUGUCAGUGAAGCGGGAACGAAGCGACGACACGGAGGAGACGCCAAAGAAAAAGCGGUACACCAAGUCCCGAGUUCGAAACCGCGAUCCCGCGUUGGUCCAGAAGUUAAAGAAAACGAGACGAUCAAAGGCAAACGAUAGGGAGCGAACUCGGAUGCAUAAUCUCAACGAUGCUCUUGACAGCCUGAGAAAGAUCUUACCAAACUGUGGCGACGAAAACAAACUUACUAAGAUCGAGACGCUGCGUUUUGCCUAUAACUACAUCUUCGCGCUGAAAGAGACUCUGAACAUGCUGGACCGCGGCGAGUCCAUUGACAUCGACACUACGCUGUACUCCGCUCAGAUGUCUGCCGCGCUUAAGAUGCCGUCCGCUAGCCACACUCUGUCACAGCUCCAGCUGCAGCACCAGCGAUACCAGCAACAACAACAACAGCAUCGUCUGACGCCCAGACCCGAAUCGCAGUCCCCUGUUCAGCUCUCGCCAGUAGCUUCGGAACACGCCAAUCAGCAUUUACAUCCGCAAGCCACACCACAGACUGUCAGCGCCGUGAAAUUCGAAAGUGUUACACCAACGGAGUCGUGUUCUGGCAACCAGCGAGUAUACCAAGAACUGUCGCAGUGUUUCUCGACCGGAACCACCACCGUCAGCCAGAUGCCCCUGUUCUCCACCAUGUCUAUCUCGCAGCACCGCCGGGAUCUCGUGCCGUCGCCGACCAGUUCCGAUUACGCGCCAUACAGUCCCGCCGUUUGGAGUGGCGCAGCAACCGGAUGCUCCCCGGCGUUCUCGUUUACCUAUGCAAUGAGCGGUGACUUUGUAUCCCCGUCGGUCUCACAUGGAUAUUUAUACGCUGUGAACAGUGUGUGA